ACACCAUUUCCCCACUUUUCUCACUUUUCUCACCCUUCUCACCCUUCUCACCCUUCUACCCUCUCUCUCCUUAUUUUCCUUCUUUCAAAAAAUACACCAUUUUUCCCUCAUCAAAUAUACAUUUCCUCACCCAAAUGGACGACUCCUCACCCACCAUGCAACCGCACCAGCAGCUCAUCGACGGCGCCACAUACUACCUCCAAGCACUCCAAACAACCAUCGCACCACUCACCGACAAAACCUACACCCAACCAUCACUCUCCCUCCCGGCAGCACCAUCGGCAAACACGUACUCGAGGAGAGAUCAUCAGACAGAGUCUAGGGUGUGUUCCGGCGUGGCUGCGAUACAGGGGUGUGUGGAUAAAUUGCACGCGUUUAAGGGUGGUUUGGAGGGGAAUUUGGAGGCGCGCUUUAUGUCGACUGUGGGAAGGGAGCUGUGGUUUUGCACUCACCAUAUGGUCCAUCACAACGCUGUCAUCACUAUGCUGAUGCAUGAGUUUGGCCACAAAGUGCCCGACGAAUUCGCCUACGCGCCGUCAACCAAAGUCCACCAGUCCAAACCCCAAUAAUAUUAAUAAUAUUAAUUCUGCAUAAUGAUAGAAUUUUUAUUCACGUAACCU